AUGACCUCCCCCCCGCGGUGCAUUCUGGGAAAGUCCAACGGGAGGGGCUCCCUGACAGCCAAGGUCAAUAUCCUCCCCCCCCCCCCCCCGCGGUGCAUUCUGGGAAAGUCCAAGGGGAGGGGCUCCCUGACAGCCAAAAAUCGAGGCCACGGUCAGGAAGGCCCCCCAUGCAACCCCCCACCCCAGUGCAUUCUGGGAUCGAGGUCCCCCAAGGACCCCCACCCAGGUGCAUUCUGGGACCGAGACCACGGUCAGGGAGGCCCCCCAAGGACCCCCCCCACCCCGGUGCAUUGUGGGACCGAGGCCACGGUCAGGGAGGCCCCCAAGAACCCCCAGCCCGGUGCACUCUGGGAUCGAGGCCACGGUCAGGGAGGCCACCCAAGAACCCCCACCCCGGUGCAUUCUGGGACCGAGGCCACGGUCAGGGAGGCCUCCCAAGGACCCCCCACCCCGGUGCAUUGUGGGACCGAGGCCACGGUCAGGGAGGCCCCCCAAGGACCCCCCCCACCCCGGUGCAUUGUGGGACACAGGCCACGGUCAGGGAGGCCCCCUUGGACCCCCCACCCCGGUGCAUUCUGGGACCGAGGCCACGGUCAGGGAGGCCCCCCAAGGACCCUCACCCCGAUGCAUUCUGGGACCGAGGCCACGGUCAGGGAGGGAGGCCCCCCCAAGGAUUCCCCCACCCCGGUGCAUUCUGGGACACGCUCACCGGAGCGGGCCCGCGGGGAAGCUCAGCGCCUCGGGGCCGGCACGGGGGCGGCUGGGGCGGUGAUGGCGGCGGCGGCCCGGGCUGAGGCCGCGCGACCUCCUCGUCCUCCCGUGGGCCGCGGGCGCCCGUCCCAGUAG